CGAUAGAGAAAAUAAUUACCCAUAUAUAGUUGGGAUAAGAUCAGAAUUGGACAAUGGUCGGGAUGGAAUUGACAUAGUUAUAUGUGGAGGAACAAUGCUUAGUUCUCAUUUUGUUAUAACUUCUGCACAAUGUGUUAUAAAUCCUUACAGUAUAAAAGUGUACGUUAAAAAUUUUACAACAAAUGAUGAAAGUACAGCAUCUUAUUCUGUGAAACUCAAUUUAGAAGAAGACACUGAUACCUUACCAAAUCCUAUUUUUUAUGGAAGUAGGAUGCUAAGAAACUAUACAUGGAUAAAUGAAUUUACAACGCCAUUUGGAAGAAUUAAACAUAACCUGAAGCAUAAUAUAGCUCUUUUAUAUUUUGAUGAUCCGAUUCCAGAUACACAAAAUUACACAUUUCCUAAAAUUGAUGGAAAUCCCCGAAUUUUUUUUAAUAAAAAUAACAACACUAAAUCUAAAAUGUUUGGAUGGUGUUCCACGAAUAAUAAAACGGAAGCAAAAUUAUCAGAUCCAAAAUUAAUGUCAGUAGACCUAGCACAGUUGUUAAUAUGUACAACAGAUCCACAAUUAUCAUAUUUCUUGUGUGCUAAUGAGACCUCAAAUACAUGUGACAAAGAUGAAGGGGGUCCAGUAAUAUUUUUAGAUAAUAGUCAAAGAUCCCAACCUCUUCCCACUAUAAUUAUUUUUGUUUAUCAUUAAAAUGGAUACUAAAAACAGUGGGAGUAAAGAAGCUAAAAAAAUUGACAACAUUUUUAAAGGCAAUGUAAAUGCAGUAUUUAAAUUGGAUGGAGCUGUGUAUUCUAUCGUGGCAAGUCCUCCCGAUCCUGAUGAUAACGGUACUAGUAAAAAAGAUGAUGCAGUUUUUGUUGAAUCAGACGAAAGCGCCGGCUCACAAGAUCAUUCCCGAAAAGAUGAUGACUCACAAUCAACGAAACAAGGAGCUUUGACAAUUGUUCGCCGAAGUAGCCAAAAAAAGCACACAUACUCUGACGAUUAUAAUAUGCCACUAUCCAAAGAAGCCGAAGCCAUAUUGGACGACGUAGAUUUAAGUAUAGAUGCUUUGCCAUCGAUUGAUACGACAGAAGCCAUAGACAAAGCUGCUCUCAGGUUACGAUGUUUACUGAGGCAACUGAGAAAAGGACAAAUAUCAGCUGAAGUAUUACAUAAAAACUUGUUUUUCGCGGCCAAAGUGUUGGAAACUGCAUUUACGGAUGAAGAUCCAAAGGAUGAUGAACGGACGGAUUCGCUUACCCAACAGCAGUCUACCAUGUCCACAACAGCAGCAAUACGACAAAAGCGACGUCUCCGUACACCAAUUUGGGCAAGAAGGUUGGCAGCCGAAGAAGACGACGAAUUAUCGGAGGUACAACCGGACGCAGUACCACAAGAGGUACGCGAUUGGUUGGCGUCGACGUUUACAAGGCAAAUGGCCAGUCCAAGAAGAAAAGGCGAUGAAAAACCAAAGUUCAAGUCGGUAGCGCAUGCGAUUCGAGCUGGUAUAUUUGUUGAUCGAAUCUACAGAAAAGUAACGGCAGCACCGUUGAUGCAGUUUCCAUCAGAAGUUGUAGGCGUUUUGAAGAAUCUCAAUGAUUGGUCUUUUGACGUAUAUGCGUUGAGUAAUUAUGGAAAUGGUCAACCCAUCAAAUACUUGGGCUAUGACUUGCUCAAUCGUUACGGUAUUUUUCAAAAAUUUAAAGUACCAUCAGUAGUCUUGGAAAAUUUUUUGAGCAAAAUUGAAGAAGGCUAUUCAAGGCAUAAAAACCCAUAUCAUAAUAAUUUACAUGGUGCUGACGUUGCCCAAACUGUUCACUAUAUGUUAUAUCAAACUGGACUUAUGAAUUGGUUAAGUGACUUAGAAAUAUUUGCCAUGCUAAUAGCGGCCAUCACUCAUGAUUUUGAACAUACGGGAACAACUAAUAACUUUCACGUUAUGUCUGGAACCGAAAUCGCUCUUUUAUACAAUGAUCGUGCAGUGUUAGAGAACUAUCACAUUAGUUCAACUUUCAAAUUAUUGAAAGAUGAAGAUUGCAAUAUAUUACAAAAUUUGACCAAAGAAGAGUACCGAGAGUUUCGAACGCUUGUCAUAGACAUGGUCUUGGCUACAGACAUGAGUUUUCAUUUUCAGCAAUUGAAAACCAUGAAGACUCUAAUAGCCUCUCCAGAUCCUACAAUCGACAAAUCAAAGGCAAUGUCAAUGGUAUUGCAUUGUGCUGAUAUAUCACAUCCGGCAAAAGAAUGGAAUUUACACUAUAAAUGGACAUGCCAGUUGUUAGAAGAGUUUUUCUUACAAGGUGACAUGGAAAAAAAAUUAGGACUACCAUUUAGUCCAUUAUGUGACCGAAAUAAUACACUUAUUGCUGAGUCGCAAAUUGGAUUUAUUGAGUUUAUUGUUGAGCCCAGUAUGACAGUGUGUAGCGAUAUGCUUGAGGUAAUAUUAGGUCCUAUUAAUCUUAUUCCACACGUGUCAGCAGUGAAUACCGAUGAUUUGAAGUCUGGUGAUCUAAAUUGUCAAUCAGAAGUAGCAAUUGCUUGUGAUGCUAUGAGUUGUAGUUUAGAAGAUGCAAUAGGCGGAAAAGACGAAAAAUCUUCAACUAAUAAUGAUAAAAAAGAAGGAACUGGUAAACUAUUCAAAAUUCAGAAGCCAUGGAAUGAAUGUCUAAACACAAAUAAAAAGAAAUGGAAAGAGCAAGCUGCUAGAGAAGAAAAACUAAGACUGUCAAAGGCAAAAUACACAAUGAGUGACAUUGAAAUUCCAUCAACGGAUACAUCUCUAGACACUUUGCCUACUGCCGAAUAAUUUUAAUAGACAUUAAUGUAUUUUUUUAUGUUCGUUAGUGACAAUACUUAUUAUGAUUAUUUAAAAUAUAUAAUGAUAAUAAUUACACCUAUAACUCAUAUUAUUCUUGAUAUGGUAACAAAAUAGUUUCAAGGUAUAAUCAUGUGUAAAAACACAUUAUAUUCUAUCAAAAACAAUAUUUUGUUAUUAGUACGUAUGGACUAACUUUUAAUUUUCAAAUUAGACAUUUUUGUGUUACUCGUUUCAAUUUAUGGAAAAGUAUUUAGGAAAUUUUUUUUAUUAACCAAUUAUAGUAGACCACUUUACUUGAUAAUGUGUCGGUAAGAUGUCUAAGUAUAAUAACAAUAACACGAACUGAGAUAUCAAAAAAUAUACUACAAGUUAUUUUAAACCCAAAUUAACUUUUUAACUAUUAUUAAAAUGUUGUCCAUGGUAGAUAUAAUUAACUAAAAAAUAAUAUAUUUAGUUUAAUGUUGAAAUUUAAUUGUUUUGAAAUUCCUAGGGUAACAUAAGAGAGACACAAAUCAAUAAAAAAUUUCUUUAUUAUAUCUGAUAUGAACUAUGUAAAAUAAAAAUCUUAAAAUUUAAAUUAAAACAAUCUUCAAUUGGUUUGCUGACAAUUAAACACAUAUUUUAAAUUAAAUUUUUAAAAAAUACCCGAAAUUUUAUAUUUGUCUAAUGAAUUAUCGAUGUUCAUUGUGAAUAAUUUAACCUUACCUUAUGUAAUUCUCAAAUAUUACCAAAAGGUUUUACUAUGAUCCGAUCAAAUAUCUAAUUUAGUUUUCCGUUAGACUAAAAUAUAAUUUUAAUUUAUUAUUUAACUUAUGACUUAAUAAAAAUCGCUGAGAAAUAUUUUCAAAAUAUUAUACUUAAAUCUAAUGCUUUAUAAAAUAUCAAAUAAAAGAAGAUUAUUCGAAUUUACUUAACCUUUUUAUGUACGCAGUGCGUUUACCUGACCAGAGAUAAUUAUUGUUAGUAUAAAACUAUGAUGUAGUUUUUGUAUUUAAUACCUACUUUUUCUAUCUUUUCUAUUUUUAUUUUUUUGUACUCCAUUAAAUAAACGAAUUUCAACAAUUAAAAUUGUCAUGAUUCGGAAUUUUCUAAAAUUAUAAUAUAUUAGAUACAUCAAUUACGUAUUAAUUUUGUUAUCCCAAAUCGAGCGUUUAUAAAUCAAAAUAUAAGUAGAAUUAGGAACGAGCAAAAUUGAUAAUCUAAUUAUAUAAUAUUCACUUAGAUGUAAAUAUUAAAUCAAAAUAAAAUU